GAGGAGGCGGCGGCGAAGGCGUUCGGCGCAAGCGCAGUGCCCGCCGUUUCCGCGGCGAAUGGGGCCGCGUUGCGGAUGGAGCCGCUGCAGAAUGGAAGCGGCGAGGAGGGAGAGGAGGCGAGGCCGCCGCCCCCGGGCGCCAUGGCGUCGGGGCGCGAGGCCGGACCCCCCGCGGAGCAACGGCUGAGGCGAAGCCCCGCCCCUGCGGCCCUGGCCGGGCGGCGGCGCAACGGCGCCUCUGGAAAGGCGGAGGCCGCGGAGCGUCGCGAGGAGCGCGCUGGCCCCGCCCCCCGGCCGCGCCUCGACUCCCUCCGCAAGAACCGCCCUCUCUUUCCUUGGUUUGGCUUGGAUAUUGGAGGGACCCUGGUGAAGCUAGUGUAUUUUGAACCAAAAGACAUCACCAUGGAGGAGGAAGAAGAGGAAGUGGAGAAUCUGAAGAGCAUUCGGAAAUACCUGACCUCCCACACUGCCUAUGGCUCUACAGGCAUUCGGGAUGUUCACCUUGAGCUAAAGGACCUUAUGCUGUGUGGACGUAAAGGCAAUCUGCACUUUAUACGCUUCCCUACUCAUGACAUGCCUGCUUUUAUUCAAAUGGGCAGCGAAAAGCACUUCUCAAGCCUCCACACUACCUUAUGUGCCACAGGAGGUGGAGCAUAUAAAUUUGAGCAGGACUUUCGCACAGUGAGUGACCUCCAGCUUCGCAAAAUGGAUGAACUGGACUGCCUUAUUAGAGGAGUGCUGUACAUUGAUUCGGUUGGGUUCAACGGACACUCGGAGUGCUACUAUUUUGAGAACCCAACCGAUCCCGAGAAGUGCCAGAAGCUCCCCUUCAACUUGGAGAACCCCUACCCUCUUCUGCUGGUGAACAUUGGCUCCGGGGUCAGCAUCCUGGCCGUCUAUUCUAAAGACGAUUACAAGCGGGUGACUGGGACCAGCCUUGGAGGAGGAACCUUCUUUGGUCUCUGCUGCCUGCUGACUGGCUGCUCCACCUUUGAAGAGGCCCUCGAAAUGGCAGCCAACGGGGACAGCACCAAAGUGGACAAACUAGUGCGGGACAUUUACGGAGGAGACUAUGAGAGAUUUGGGCUGCCCGGUUGGACGGUAGCAUCCAGCUUUGGAAACAUGAUGAGCAAGGAGAAGCGAGAGGCAGCUAGCAAGGAAGACUUGGCAAGAGCGGCUUUGAUCACCAUCACGAAUAACAUCGGCUCCAUAGCACGGAUGUGUGCGCUUAAUGAGAACAUUAAUCGGGUGGUUUUCGUGGGGAACUUCUUGCGUAUCAACACAAUCUCGAUGAAGUUUCUGGCGUAUGCUUUGGAUUAUUGGUCAAAGGGGCAGUUGAAGGCCCUGUUUCUGGAACACGAGGGCUACUUUGGAGCGGUUGGAGCUCUUUUGGAGCUUUUGAAUACAUCCUGAUUCGAGGUGGAGCCUGGGCCCGGGUUUUGCUGCUGGCAACGUCUACACCAAAGGGAACAUCUCUGUUCAUUUAGCUUUAUUUGUAAGUGGGGGGGGGGGGUCUUGUCUGUUUGACAAAUAACAGGAAGAAAUAGUGAGUGACCUCCGCGAUCAGUGCCGAAAAGGACAAAGGUGUGUGUGCUUUUUAAAUAGCAUAAUCUGAAUAUAAACUAGUUUGUAAGAAGCCUAUAUCUGUUUAUGCGAACUGUAUUUGUCUUGCCUCUGGUAAAAUACACGUUCAAUCAGUCUUGCUUUGAGCAGCUCGUGCCGUGAGGUGGCUGAGAGGGGGUCAGGGGCAUGGGUGGUACAGGUUGUACUGUUCUGAAAACCAGCCUUUGCCAGCCUGGUGCCCCUGUAAGUUUUGGACAGCAGCUGCUGUUUUUGGAGGACACCAGGUUGGCGGAGGCGGCUCAAAACCUAUUUUUAAGUUCUGUUUUUUUUAACUUUCUAAUCUUGUAUGGACUCUUAUUAAUUUUCAUCAUAGCGCUGAACUGUGUAGAAUAUGAAAACACACUUGAGAUAUUAAAUCUAUUUUUAAAAAGAA